UGUAGAAAGAUACAAGUAAAGCUCCAUUAAAACUUAAUUGGUCCGAAAUCUUGGCAUGACCAUUUGAAUUAACAAAAAAAUCAUUUUCUCAUUCAAAGCUUCUUGCGAUGGUAUUUACCUUCAAACUUAUUAUAAAGAUGGACCAUUUGGGAAACCAAGCAAAACCAACAACAAAGUCCCAAAUAAACUCUGAGCUCCCUCUCUCCCUCCCUCCCUCCUCCCAUUAGCAAGCCAUGGGCAAGCUGAUGCCUCUCUUUUGUCUAGUGUAUUUCACAUUAUGUUCCUCUCCAUUGUUUACUAGCUCACUAACACUCCAUUCCGAUAUUCAAGUUCUUCAUGUCAUGAAGCGUUGCAUAGAUCUAUACUCCAUCCCCCCAAAUUCCUAUCUGAGUAGCUGGGACUUCAUACACGAUCCAUGUGAAACUACAGGCGGGCAGUUUCUCGGAGUCUUAUGCAGUUUCCCUCUAGACCAAUCCCCAAGCAGAAUAACUGCCAUUGAUCUUGAUGGUGCGGGUUAUGAGGGGUUCAUAACAUCAGAAAUUGGGAACCUAACCGAGCUCACCUUCAUCAAUCUAAGUAAAAACAACUUUCGAGGACAAAUACCCCAAUCCAUUUCCAAUCUAAAGAAGCUCACUAGACUUUCACUGUCCAACAAUUUCUUCACGGGCGGCAUUCCCUUGGGAUUGAACACACUCAAAAAGCUAGAAUCUCUGGACAUUUCGUUCAAUAAGCUUUCUGGUAUAAUACGCUCCAGCAUCGGUGGAUUACGAGGCUUGACAUUCUUAAGCCUGUCCAACAAUGGAUUCACUGGCAGAAUCCCAGACCUCUCGGGGUUAUGGCAGUUGAAGACAUUAGAUCUCAGCAGAAACCAGCUCUUCGGGAGUCUGCCAAAUUUUCCAAUAAGCUUGAGAACCUUAAUUCUGAGCCAUAACAUACUUUCUGGGAGCCUUACACCUCUAAUCACACUCAAAAACCUCAGAGUGCUAGAUGCGAGCAACAACAGACUUUCAGGUGCUAUAACUAGAGAUUUUUUUACCAUACCCAAGAUGGCUCGACUCAACGUUUCAAAUAACCACUUCAAAUUGAUAGAAAUCAUUAGAUUUGUUGGACACGGAGCACAGCUUCAGGUGCUUGAUGCUCAACGAAAUCAGCUGCGAGGACAUUUGCCUGUAAAUUUGGUAAGCCUGCAGAAUCUAACAACAAUCAACCUUUCCUACAACCAGUUCUUUGGUCAUAUACCCGAGGAAUAUGGAGCAAGAGUCGGAGCCUGGAGAACGCUCUACCUAGAUCACAACGAUUUGCUAGGAAGGCUUCCAGCGGAAUUCAUUAAAAGACCAGAUAGAAUCAAGGGUAGUCUUUCAAACAACUGCCUACAGUGUCCGGACAACAUUCCAUUGUGCACCGGUCGCCAGAGGAAAAUAUCAGAAUGUCAGGAACACACAGACACCAAUGAGUAAGAAGAGACACCAGUGCCAAGCAACAGGGUUUGCUUCUUUGUUCUUAGAUAAUGUUAAUUUGGAACUCUGAUAAUUAAUUCCUAAACCUUGAUCAACCAUAGAGGAGACGAAGGUUAAACUUCCGGUCAACUAAAUAAUAAUUCGUAAUAAUAUUUGUGGAAA